AUGACAAUAAAACCCCUCAAUCUCUUAACAACAAAGCUUUCACCUCUAACAACAAUGGUGUCAAUCCUAAUCCUCACCAUCGUGGCUUUCUACUCGUUCCAUUUCCCUCACUCUCUGAAACAUCCAAACAAAUCCACCACCUUCCAAAGCCUAUUCCUCUCAUCUUCUUCCAACUCCACCAUCUCAUCCUACCUCCGCACCCUCACCAUGCACCCUCACCUCGCCGGAACCAAACCCAAUUCCAACACCGCUCUUUUCGUUCUCAAUCACUUCACUUCCUUAAACCUCGAAUCCCAUAAAACAUCCUACAACGUUCUACUCUCUUAUCCAUUAAACUCUUCACUAUCAAUACACCUAACCAACGGUUCUUUCAUCAACCUUCCUUUAACCGAACCAUCCGAACCCGGUUCGGAUAUGGUUCACGCCUACCAUGCCUAUUCACCUUCCGGUUCGGUUUACGCUAAGGCGGUUUUCGUUAACUACGGAAGAGAUACAGACUAUCGUACGCUUGGGCUGGAUGUUAAGGGGUGUAUAGUGAUAGUAAGAAAAGGCGGUGGAUUAGGGAGGAAUACGGUGGUUGAGAAGGCGGAGAAAAACGGUGCUGCGGCGGUUUUAAUCUACAACGACGAAAAUGACACGUGGCGUAAUGGGUUUGAGAGAGGUAAUGUUAUGAAGGGUGUGGGGGACCCAGUGAGUCCUGGUUGGGGAAGUGUGGAUGGGAGUGAGAGGUUGAGUUUGGAAGAUAAUGAGGUUAUGGAAAGGUUUCCUAAAAUUCCUUCCAUGCCAAUCUCUGCUAAUGUUGCUGAUGCUAUUUUGUCUUCACUUGGGGGAAAUUUGGUGCCUUUGGAGUGGAGGAAUACCCUGAAAUCUAAGGCUGUUAUUAGCCAUGUUGCUUCUGGUCCCACUAUGCUCAAUUUUACCUACUUGGGUGAAAAGAAGAUGGCCACCAUCCAAAAUGUUUUUGCUGUCAUAAAAGGAUCAGAAGAACCUGAUCGCCAUGUUCUUCUUGGGAACCAUAGAGAUGCAUGGACUUAUGGAGCUGUUGAUCCCAGCAGUGGAACAGCUGCCCUACUUGACCUUGCUCGACGAUACUCUAUUCUACUGAGUUCAGGUUGGAAGCCAAGGAGGACAAUCGUUCUAUGCAGUUGGGAUGCCGAGGAAUUUGGCAUGAUAGGAUCCACUGAAUGGGUUGAACAAAACCUUAUCAAUCUUGCUUCCAAAGCUGUAGCAUACCUUAAUGUGGAUUGUGCUGUUCAAGGCCCUGGUUUUUUUGUUGGCUCAACUCCUCAGCUAGACAGUCUUAUUCGCGAGGUCACAAAAAAGGUCAAGGAUCCCGACUCUAAGGGUGUCUCAGUAUACGAGACAUGGGCUGCUUCCGAUGCAGGAAAUAAUAUUCAAAGGCUUGGUAGAGUUGAUUCUGAUUUUGCUCCGUUUGUGCAACAUGCAGGGGUUCCAUCUGUUGAUGUGUAUUAUGGAAAAGAUUUUCCGGUCUAUCACACUGCUUUCGACUCCUAUAACUGGAUGGCAGAAUAUGGAGAUCCAUUCUUCCAGCGCCAUGUUGCCGUUACUGGAAUUUGGGGCCUUCUAGCUCUGCGCCUGGCCGAUGAUUCCAUUCUUCCAUUCGAUUAUUUAUCAUAUGCAAAUGAGUUACAGUUGUACAGGGACAAAUUGAGCAACGUGUUAGAUCAGAAAAUUUCUCUACUCCCGUUAACAACGUCAAUCAAUGAAUUUGCUUCUGCUGCAAAAGAAGUUGACGGCGAAUUAAAGGAACUUAGAUUGGCAGAAACUUCAGGUCAGUUGGUAGAUAUGAAAAGGCGAGCGUUUAAUGAUAGAUUAAUGCUGGUAGAAAAAGGCUUCCUAGAUGGAGAUGGACUUAAAGGAAAACAGUGGUUCAAGCAUCUUGUGUUUGGGCCUCCAAACGACGCCGAAAAGUUAGAUUUUUUCCCUGGGAUUGUUGAUUCUACGACUAGGUCAAGCAGCAUAAGUGAAAAAGAAAGACUAACAGAAAUUCAACACGAGAUCUGGAGGGUUACCAGAGCCAUACAAAGAGCUACUUCAGCACUGAGAGGAGAAUUCGCAUAA